AUGUUCCACAACGUCGAUCCGCCCAGCUGUGGAUCUCAUGCUCUUGGCAUCAACCACAAACUUCGAUUCAGUCCCAAGCUCGUGACACGCUAUUUCACCCAAAAUCUAAUCCGUCCCUUCCAAAUAUACCGGUCUGCCUCUUCCGAUCCUUACGUCAACCUCUCUAUUGAGCACCACCUCCUCCAGUCUUCCCCACCCGACUCAACCAUCCUCUUCCUUUACACAAACCGCCCCAGCAUCGUCAUCGGCCGCAACCAAAAUCCAUGGCUAGAAGUAAAUCUCCGUCUUCUUCGUGAUGGCCUGCCGACCUCAGAGUCACAGGAUAAAAAACAGCCCAUAGCGUUAGUUCGCCGCCGCUCAGGAGGGGGCACCGUCUUCCACGACAAAGGCAACACAAACUACUCAGUGAUCUGCCCGCCAGCAGUCUUCGACCGCGAUCGCCAUGCGGAGAUGGUUGCGCGCGCACUAAGGAAGCUGGGUGUUCCGCAUCGAACGUGCGGCAGUCGGCCUGGCGGUGGGGUGCGAGUCAACGAACGGCACGAUAUCGUCGUGGACAUACUUUCGCCUAGUGGUGGCAUGUUCAAAAUCUCUGGGUCGGCGUACAAGCUCACACGGACACGAGCACUGCAUCAUGGGACGUGCUUGCUGAGUUCGCCGAACUUGGGAAGUGUGUCGGCGCUACUGAGGUCUCCAGCGGAGGGUUUUAUUAAGGCUAGGGGCGUCGAGAGCGUGAGGAGUCCGAUUCGGAAUGUUAAUGUUGGGACUGAGGAGUUUGUGGAUGCAGUGGUUGAUGAGUUUUGUGAUAUGUAUGGAGUGGAGGAUGGAGGAAAGGAGGUUCUAGUUAUUAGGGAGGAGGAAGCAUUGGCAACAGAGGGAAUCAAUAAGGGUGUGAGAGAGUUGACAGACCCAGAGUGGAUCUUUGGACAAACCCCCCUUUUCACCUUCUCAACCCAUCCGACUGAAGAUGACCCCCGCGACCGGCCCCCAUCUCUCCUUGCACAACUCCCCCAUGAUUUUCAAGGCCGUAUCACGGUCCGCCACGGCGAGAUCCAAUCUGUAUACCUGUCUCUCUCUGAUGACCCCUUUAACAUGACAGAUCCUUCUCCCCUCAGUCAGGUCCUGGCCAAAGAGCGGCUGCACCACAUCAGUGACUGGCGUGCCGUCUUGUCUAAGGCGGUCAGCGAAGCACCUUUAUCGGAUGCUUUCGAUGUUGAGCAAGUCGGCAUGUGGCUGAACCGUAUGUUUGGCAUUCCCGAGCCUGUUGAAGGGCAGAAAGAGCGCUCGUUGUCUGAGGAGGUUGUCAGGGCCAUCCAGGAGAGCAAGCUGGGUAUGUGGCUCAGCAAGUAA